AUGGUCUCCCCUGCUUCAUUCAAUCAUUCUUUCUUUCUUUCUUUCUUUCUUUCUUUCUUUCUUUCUUUCUUUCCUUCCUUCCUUCCUUCCUAUACUCAAACCUAUUUUCUCUUACGAUAUUUUACUUUAUGUUUUUCUAUAGUUUUAUUUACACUUAUUUUCUUCUUUACGGACAUAUUUUAUUUCUUUUUCUUUAUUUUCUUUCUUUUUUUCUUUCUUUCCUAUUAUUUACACUUAUUUUCUCAUGGACACAUUUAUUUUUCCUUCCUUCCUUCAUUCAUUCCUUCCUUCCUUCCGUUUUUUUUUUCCAUUUAUUUUCUUCUUUAUAUACACAUAUUUUUUAUUUUCCUUUUUUCCUUCCUUCCUUCUUUCCUUCCUGCUAAUUACACGUAUUUUCUUAUGGACACAUUUUAUCUAUUUGUUCUUUCUUUCUUUCUUUCUUUCUUUCUUUCUUUCUUUCUUUCUUUCUUUCUUUCUUUCUUUCCUUCCUUCCUUCCUUCCUUCCUUCCUGUUAUUUACACUUAUAUUCUUCUUUACGGACAUAUUUUAUUUCAUUUUCUUUCUUUAUUUUAUUUUUUUUCUUUCUUUCUUUCUUUAUUUCUUUCUUUCUUUCUUUCUUUCUUUCUUCCUUCCUUCCUUUAUUCAUUUAUUUAUUUAUUUAUUUCCUUCCUAUACUCAAACCUAUUUUCUCUUACGAUAUUUUACUUUAUGUUUUUCUUUAAGUUUUAUUUACACUUAUUUUCUUCUUUACGGACAUAUUUUAUUUCUUUUUCUUUAUUUUGUUUCUUUCCUUCUUUCUUCCUUUCUUUAUUCCUUUCUUUCUUUCCUUUUAUUUACACUUAUUUUCUCAUGGACACAUUCUAUUUAUUUUUCCUUCCUUCCUUCCUUCCUUCCUUCCUUCUUUUUUUUUUUCCAUUUAUUUUCUUCUUUAUAUACACAUAUUUUUUUAUUUUACUGUCUUUCUUUCAUUCUUUCUUUCUUUCUUUCUUUCCUUCCUUCCUUCCUUCCUUCCUUCCUUCCUUCCUUCCUGUUAUUUACACUUAUUUUCUUCUUUAUGGACAGAUAUUUCAUUUAGUUAUUUAUUCUUUUUUUUCUUACUUUCUUUUCUUUCUUUCUUUUAUCAAUACAUAUUUUUUUUUCUUUCUGUUUUUCUUGAUUCUACAAUUUUCUAUCUCUUCCAUUAUAAUCUUUCAUUUUUCUUGUCACUCCUUGUUUUUCGACGGUUUCUUUCUUUCUCUCUUUCUUUCUUUCUUUCUUUCUUUCUUUCUUUCUUUCUUUGUUAUCAACCUUGAUCUGUCUUCUUAG